UUGGCCGUGCGCCCACAGUGAAACUACUCGUCUUUUCCCAUUUUUUAAGUUUGAUUUUUUUAUCGAAGAUCAAUCACUUCUGACGUCUCUGAUCAUCUUCAUCAGGGUUUUGUCAAUGGAGUAAUGUAAUAUUAUAUGUAAUUUAUUGCGCAUCCUUCAUUAGCUAAUUAAUUUCACCUGAAUGAACCUAUUGGAAGUCAUUAUUUUUUUAAAUAUUGGUGAUUGAAAAAUGUGGACUUUGGGAUUUAUUUUUGUGCAAUUAUGGAUUUUUGGAGACAUGACGAAUUCGUUUAUUGGAACGACUCAAGAAAUGUCAUGCUGCUCAGAUGCCACCGGGUCCUGCCGCAAUGUCUGCUCUCAGAUUUCUCUGGUGACCCUGGGAGCCGAUUCAACGGCCCGAGAAAAUUCAACUCGACAAUUGCAAGAGUUCUGUUCCUCUGGACUGACACGAUUUUGGACGUGCGUCAAUUCCACUCUUGACGAAGCAGUGAAAAACGAGGACUGGUCAGGCCGGCAGUGCUGCCAGCUCGCUCAGUAUCCGAUUUGUCGGUCUACAUGUGCUCUGGCAGGCGCCCGAGAAGACCUGAAAGGCUCCUGUCGUCUAAGUGAUGAGCCAGAAUUCUACACCUGUUUAGAAAGACGCGAGGACGGGGAGAAAUGCUGCAAUAAUGUCGCCAAUGCAACCUGCCGCGCCGUGUGCCGCGAGCUCUUCGAUAAGCCCAGGAAGCCAUCGAGCUUGAAGCUAUACCGCAGCAAGGGCUGCUUUCACCAGAUCCCCAAGUGCUUGAAAAACGUAGCAGAAGCGUCGAGCGCCGAAAAUUCAAAGCAAUACCUACAUUGCUGCAAUGAGGCACCCGACGUCCCCUGUCUAGACGCCUGUCGCCAGGUACUCCUAUCAGCGGUGACAAUAAAAGCCAUUAUGGACACUCUAGUGGAGAAAUGUCCACCAGUUCAGCUCCACUCCCCCUUCUGGAGUUGCUUCCUGCAGGCAACCCCAACCAAGCCCUCCAGACUCCCCCUGGACAUCGGGAAAUUGGGCUGUUGUUCGCGUGCUGCCAGUGCCACUUGCCAGGAGCUCUGCUGGCGUGCCUUCCAGGCAGAUUGGGAAGCAGCGUCACUUCAACUCGAGUCCGAGUGCCUUCCCUCCGGUGCUGAAGGAGAGCUCAGGAGGUGUCUGGAAGAUGCAGAUGAGCCGUGCGAGAUGGGAUGCACCGGUUUAUCCUACUGCUCGAAUUUCAACAACAGACCGACAACCCUAUUCCGCACGUGUACCGCAGAAUCGGACGCCACAGCGAGGCACGAGGUGGACCACUGGGCCCGGGGCGCGAUAAUCCGGGGUUUGGGCCUCCCCGUCCGCGUCGAUCCAUCCUGCCCAGCGGAGUCCCUCAAAGCGGCGGUCUGCUUCCUCCAACUCCGUCCGUGCGAGCCCCAGGUCCACGAAACGCGUCUCUGCCGAAACGACUGCAUCGACCUCCUCACGAACUGCGUCGACUGGUCCCUCGCAGCCGUCACCCAAUCCGCCAUUUCCCUCUGUUCUCGCCUGUCUCCUGCCCGUCCCGAGAUGCCUUGCAUCUCCCUGAAGCCCUUCCUGAACCCAAUCCUCCCUGAAAAAGAGAGAAUCACGAACCCGUGUCGUCAUUCCCACUGCGGAAAAUCGGAGGUCUGCGUUCCCCAACGUUACGCAGCGGACAAUACCGCCGCCUACCAGUGUCAUCCCGGUUGUUCUCUGGGAGAAAUGUCCCAUCUCCAGGUCCCGCUGAAUUCCUGGGUGCAGAUCCCCAGGGAAGACCAGACCGGCUGCUUCCGAAUCUGCCAGUGUACGCUAAAUGGUAUCGAGAAGUGCCGGAACCUCAACUGUUUACCCGUGAACUCCUGUUUCAUUCAGAACCGCUACAUUCCCCACAGGACAAAAUUUUACCUGGAGUGUAAGCCCUGUCUGUGCUUCGAGGGUGAGAUCACGUGUUCUAGGAGGCCCUGCGGGGACCAACGAUUGCCAUCCCUUCCUUGCGACUGUCUGGCCCAUUACGUUCCAGUUUGCGGACGAUCCGGCGUCACUCUUGCUUCGUCGUGUAUCGCCAAGUGCCGGGGCCUUGAGAAAGACGACUUUGAAUUCGGCAGCUGUUCGUCCAGAGACCCUUGCGUGGGUAACCCCUGCGGAAGUGGUGAGAGGUGUGUGAGGAGAGCCAGGGUCUGCCUGGCCCCGAUUUACAAGCCCUGCAAGCAGUACGAGUGCGUUCCGGCGAACUGUGAGAUGCCAAAAAAUGUCUCACGGAUGCAACGCCGGGUCUGCGAUAAGGAUCACCGGGAGCACAGCACCGUCUGUGAUCUGGUGAAGAGCGGAGGGACUCUGGGGUACUGGGGCCCUUGUCUCAGGGAGUGCAGCUUGCGGGGGCCCGUUUGUGGAAUAAAUGGUGAGGUUUACGCUAAUGAGUGCGCCGCGUGGGCGGAGAAUACGAUAAUGGAUUAUUUUGGGCCUUGUAUGGCGGUUGGAAGAGCCGGGGAGGGCUGCGGAGACGCGGUGAUAUGUCCGGCGAUUCCUGAGGGCUGCCCCGGAGUCAUCCCACCCGGUGCCUGCUGCAGAGUCUGUGGUGCUGCUGCCCGGGUAUUCUAUUCCAGGAAACAGCUCGAUCGCGUCUACUACAUGAUGAAUGAAGAAAGAGACAAAGAAGCAGUGACCCUGGAGGCCCUGCUAUCAGCCCUAGGCCGACAAGUCCAGAUAUCAGAGUGUGUUCUUCGCGGAGGGAUGACGCCAGAGGGUGACAUCUUCAUUAUCAUCCAGCCAACCUCGAAAUCCCCAACUCUGCUUGAACAUCGAGCGUGCCUCGCCGAAAUAGAGAAGAUAGUCACGAGAAUUGCGGAAAAAAGUCCAAAAGUAAUGGCGGAAGUGCCACUGGGUUCGCUAACCGGUGCAGAAAUCAUCGACGAGAUGCCAUCCUCGUGUUCAACAUGGCGGACAUCGAUGGCUCUUAUACUCUUACCAUUCCUGAUCAUCGGAGUUAUCACGUAAUGUCAUCGUCCCUUUUGUCCCGAAAAUUGACAUGAUCGUUUGAUUUUUGGGGUAAAUACUCGUUCUCAAGACUGUGAUUCUUCUAGUGCCUUACUUAAAGAGACAAUGCAUCAACCAUUGACCAUGUUUUUAUUAAAAACUAGUUACUUUGUUUGAUAAUUAUCAAUGAUUUGCCAAAGAUAUAAAG